AUGCCCAACCAGAAAAUCAUGCUUCAGAUGUACCGCGAGAAUCUUAAUACUGAGAAAGUUUGCGAGCUUUUUGGCGACAUGCCUCAGAGAAACUUGGCUUCGUGGACGACUAUACUUCAAGCAAACGCGGAUUCUGGUAAUCUUUGCAUGGCCACAACGACAUUCUGGAAAAUGCCGGGGUGGAGCGUGAUAAGCUGGACUUCAAUGGUGUGUGUGCUCGUGUCCAAGAGGAAGUUGGAAGAAGCGAAAGUUUACUUUGAGAGGUGCCCCAUGCGUGACCUUAUGUGUUGGAACGCUGCAAUUUCAGCUUUAGCCACUGCUGGAUAUCUAGAUCACGCAAAAGCUUUGCUCGAGAAAAUCCCGGCGAGCAAUAAUCUGUCAUGGACAAGCAUGGUAAUCGCUUGUGGAGAGAAUGGAAACGUGACUCAAGCCAGAGAUUUAAUCCCUUGGAACGCUUCUCAAGAAACAUCAGUCUUGAAUGCUCUGAUCGUAACGCAUGCCCAUAAUGGCCAUCUUUUCGAAGCAAAAGAAAUCUUCCACCAAAUGCAUGAGAAAAACACGGUUUCCUGGAAUGCUAUGAUCGUUGCUUAUGCUCAAAAAGGUUACAUCCAAACUGCGUUGGAGCUAUCGUUCAGGAUGUGCGUUGAAGGUGUCAACUGCGAGGAGACGACAGUCACAGGGAUUUUGUUUGCGUUUAGCCACGAAGGAAUGCUCCAGGAGGCGCUGUCGUGGUUUAGAUCCAUGGCUUUUGAUCACGACUUUAGACCGUCAGUGGAAAACUUCCGAUGCAUGAUAGACAUUCUGGCGAGAAUGGGAAGGAUUCACGAGGCAGAAGAGUUGAUUCACAGCAUGCCAUUCACUCCCGAUGACGUUUCAUGGGGAUGUUUGCUGAGUGCCUGUAGACUACAGAACGAUGUGGAAUGUGGGGCACGAGUAGCCAGUAACAUCUUCUACUUACAACAGGAUCAAAAGCUCCUUAGAGCAAGUCCUUACAUGCUUCUUGCUAGCAUAACAAACUAG